ACAAGGCUCAGCAUCAUUUUUAAAAGGUUUGUGUGAAAUAAAGGACGGUAUGAUAUCCAAUGAAAUAAAACUAGUCUUAAAACUCAUGUUUAUGCAAUUUAUUCCCCAAUGUACCUGAAACUCGACUUCUAAUAAAAUGCCAGUGGAAUACAACUCUACAGAAUUCUUGAAUUUACAAAAUUGAUUGUGACUACAGUAUUUCUUAGUAGAACUGACCAAAACAGGCAUUCAGUCUGCCAAAGUAUAGUAGUGUAGUUGAUAUAAAAAACAUAUAUAUUACGUUUCAUUUUUAUAUUAUUCCUAUACUUAACAGUACUUUUCUAUGAGGGGGCUCCUAUAUUGCUUCAGGAAUCAGUGGUAUAAAAAUAUUGUCAAAUAUAGAGUAGACUUAAACUACCUACCAGUAGACUUGAGACAAUUAACAAGAUAAUUAUCAUCAAUACACAAUACAGCUUGAGUGUCUUCUAUUUAUAUUCAUCAAUAGUAUUAUAAUUUAUUUAGUUUAUUAUAAAUUAUUUUAUAUUUAUUGAAGUUUUUCAAUGUUCCUAUAGAGAUUUGCAAAAUCUAAACUAGCCAAGAAAGGUUGAUGUUUGACAGUAUUUUAUUGGACUGUACUGACUCCACUGUAGCAACAAUCACACGUAAAACUCAUUAAUUUGUCUUGGAUUAGGAGACAAUACACAAAGUGAAUUGGAAGGCAAUAGGUGUAGGAAUUUAGAUUAAGCUGCAAAGUUGGAGACAAUGAGUCUAAAAGAUACUGAGCUAGAAACUCAGAGCUGUAUUACAGAAACUACUUCUAAGCACCACAGGCCAUUUAUAAAAAUAAAAUUGACCUAUAUCAUAACGCCGAAAAGCUACUUAUUAUGGUGCAUGAUAGAUUUUCUAUUUACAGUAUUAUAAUACAUACAUUUCAAAUAAUGGAAAGUCCUGAGACAGUAUCUUCUAGUAACUCACAUGGAGCAUCAGACAGUGAUUCAAGACAAUAUGAAGAUACGUCUGUCCUCGAGAAUGAAGAUGUUAAGGAAAUACAAGAACAAGUUCUUGCAAAUCUAGAGAAGCCUAAUCUGCCAAAUGUAAAUGUACCAGAGAAAAUAAUUGUCUGCUUAGAUGUUUGCUAUGACAAUCCAAAUUCUCUAUACCGUUUUGGUGAUGGCACAACAUUUUCUCCAAUCAAUAUGUUGAAACGAAUACUUGAUUUCUUUUUUCAUACAAAACAUGCAAUCAGCAAGAAAACUGAAUUUGCAUUGAUAACACUUCAAGAUGCAGGUGCAUGUUGGACCCAGAAUUUUACAAGCAAUGUUAAAGAUUUAAUCAGUGCUAUUGAUUAUGCACAUGCUGAAGAAGCUACAUCAGACACUUUUGAUUUUGAAAAAGUAUAUGAACUAAUAAGACAUCAUAUAGAAAUUCCUAUGAUGAAACCUGGAGAAUCCUUACUGCCUCCUCCUUAUAUCGUCAGACUUCUGAUUUUAUAUGGAAGAUCUAAUUGUGUUCCAGUAAUUCCUCAUGAAGACCCAUGUUUCCAAUAUAUAAGAAGUCAGAUAUAUUUUUAUACAGAUAUUCUGUUGGCACAUGAAGAUGAUUGUGCUACGCAUAAAUGUGAUGAAAUAUAUGAUGCAUUACAGGAUCUUGAUAAUGGCUAUUCUUAUGUGUUUGAGGUAUCAAGAAAUGCUACUAAAAUACAUGAUUGUAUUGCAAAAUUGUUAGCACAUCCACUACAGAGGCCCUUGCAAAAAAAUACAGACUAUUCUUUCGGUUCAAGAUACUAGUAUGUAAAAUGUUAAAAACUAUCCUCU